UAUGGCAGCUCUCUUAGAGUUCACUGACCAAACCACCAACCUCUCCUCCUUCCACUUCCCUGAAUUCUACUCGGACGGACAGCAGGAGCUCAACGUCUACGACUAUGCCGGAGCCGAUGAAGCCCAUCUCUUCGACGAAUCGUGCCUCACGUUUGCCGGUGAUCCGGAGGCUGCAGCGACAUCGGUGUUGAUUGCGACGAAGCUAGUUGGCGGCGAACGGAGGGGCGCUGAGGAGAAUAAUGAAGAAGUGAAGAGAAGGAAAGUGGAGGCUGAGUUUAGAAUUGGAUUUAGGACAAAGUCUGAGGUGGAGAUAUUGGAUGAUGGUUUCAAGUGGAGAAAGUAUGGGAAGAAGGCUGUGAAAAAUAGUCCAAAUCCAAGGAACUACUAUCGCUGUGCAAGCUCAGGCUGCGGGGUGAAGAAGAGAGUAGAGAGGGAUAGAAAUGAUCAGCGCUACGUAAUCACAAUAUAUGAAGGAACGCAUAAUCAUGAAAGUCCAGACAUAAUUCGCCAUCCAUUUAUUACAUAUGAAAUAGCUUCUAAUUCAUCUUCUUGGGCUAAUUCAUGUGCCCAGAUGAUGCCUGCAAUGGCUACAAAUUUUACAUGGAGUUCAAAAUUUGCUCCCCACACUUGA